AUGAAUCUAUUCAGUAUCGCUCUCGUUUCUUGGCUCGUGAUUGCCUUCACUCAAUGCAAGGCAACACCAUUGGAUGAUUAUGUGAAUACUCCCGACUCCGCCUUCGGAUGGAAACGCAUUAGUACGUAUCCACAAUCACUUUAUACGAUUUAUGUAUUGAAUAUGACAUCACAACAGUGGUUCGAUAGUUCAUUCUCAACACGACCAAUUUGGUGGCAUUAUGUCACUAUCGUAGUUCCAAAAACGUUCCGUCGUCCCAAGACAGCUUUUUUACUUGUUGAUGGAGGCUCCAAUUCGGAUUCACCACCCACGAGUAGUGGAAUAGCAUCAAUGGCUAGUGCUUCCGGUAGUGUCAUUGCUACUAUUCGACAAAUUCCCAAUCAAAAUAUUCGAUUUCUAAGUGAUCCGACAAGUAGUUCUCGCGCAGAAGAUUCAUUAAUUGGUUGGACAUGGAAACGAUAUUUAGAGACUAACGGUAGUGACCCACGAAUACUUCUUCGUUUCCCAAUGACCAAAGCAGUCAUACGAGCAAUGGACACUGUCGAACAAUUCUUAGCUCAAGAAAACUAUCCGGUGCCACAAGAAUUCGUACUUGCUGGGGCUUCAAAACGUGGAUGGACAACGUGGACAAGUGCUGCUGUUGAUAAUCGACGAGUUGUGGCUGCAGCACCGAUCGUCAUGGACUUACUAAAUCUUCGAGCCAACAUGAUGUCACAUUAUCGAUCUCUCGGAGGAUGGACAUUCGCUUUUUAUGACUACUAUGUGCAAAAUAUAACACGUUACAUGAACAGUCCUAAUUUCGAUAAAUUAGCACAAAUGGUUGAUCCAUAUUCUUAUAUCGAUAGAUAUAGUAAAAUGAAAAUCUAUCAAAUACAAGGUGCUGGUGAUGAAUUCUUCCUUCCUGAUAGCGAAGAAUUCUUUUGGAAUGAUUUGCAAAAAGCAACAGGUGGAUCUUAUUUAAGACGAAUACCAAAUACUGGUCACAACGCCGGCGGUUAUCAAGAUAGUUUAUACAGUUUCUAUCUGAGCGUAGCUGACAGAACAAUUUUACCGGCAAUGACAUGGACACGAAUGACCAACACAACACAUGGUACUAUCCGUGCUGUUGUCGAUUUUAGUAAUGGGAAGGCAAAAGCCAGUGCUGUAACUGCCUAUCAAGCUCGUACUAAAGAUACAUCGAAACGCGAUUUUCGACAAUCAAAACUCGAUUCAUCGGGAAAAGUUGUAAGCUCCGGCAUCGUUUGGGCAAAUACCGCUGUUCAACUCGAGAGCCAAAGUGCUACAUCUGCUAUCUACACAAUCGUUGUUCCUAUUCCAACAGACGGAUAUUGGACUGCUACUUAUAUUCAAGCUUCAUUUCCUGGACCUGACUCAACAACACUCAUAUUAACAACAGAGUCACUUAUUUUGCCAAACACUUAUCCAAUUCCGGAAUGCAAAGAUCAAGGAUGCUAUGGAACAUUGGUCUAA